AUGAAGCUCAGCAAGGAGACCAUCACACUUAUUAGCGAUGAGGAUACAAUCCCUAUUCGGUGCUCAUUGGACAGCGCUUCCGCGCAUCGCUCGCUUCUCGAACAGGAGCCUAUGAUUGCUAACGGAAACCCCGUCGAUAUGUGCAAAUGGUUCGCGUUUCCCAUGUUCGAUAUCAACAGCAACUUCGGGUUUGGGGAAGAUAUGGGCUAUUACGACUGGGUCAAAUUUGUCAUUGACUAUUUCUAUGCAGCAACACUCCUCCAUCAAUGCCACAAGUUUUGGCCGCUGAAUCGCUUACUAGCUCUCCUUAUCCCGCCAUCAACGCGUAAGAUGCAGAUAAGUCAUAAUGAAGCUUCAUUAAAGGGUAUUCGGAAUCGUAUGGCCGUGGAUACGGAUCGCCAUGAUUUUAUGCAUCAUUUUCAGAAGCAGGCGAUUAAGGAAGGCCUCCCAAUAAAGAUGAUCGAGACGCAAGGGGCAGUCGUUAUCCUAGCUGAUAGCGAGACGUCGUCGGUAGCAGAGACUGCCGCCAUAUAUCACAUUCUAACGCAUCUAGAUAUCUAUAAGAAGCUACGUGAAGAGAUCUAG